CGUGCUUGGUGACCAGAAAGGUGUCCUUGUCGAUCGUGUAGGUCACCCCCCACGGCCAGGCCAGGACGGGCUUCCACGGGAGGUUCAGCUCGAGUUUGACCAUGAGCCGGGUGGUGGUGGUGGUGGUGGUUUCGGGUUCGGAUUCUGUUUCGGGCUCGUUGCUUGCCCCGGCCGAGGUUUCGGAGGCCGGGCCCGGCCCCCUGGGGGGCAGGACCCUCGUUUCGUACUUUGUGACAAAGGACCCGAGGUUCUCGAGGUUCUCGACGAAGCGAUCCCGGCCGGCAAAGCUCACAAAGGGAUCGGCAAAGACGCAGUCCUUUUCGUAGAUCUCGACGUCCAUGUCCCCGCUCAAAAAGUAGGACCGGUCGUUGUCGGCCCCUAUGCGAUCGAGGGUCUCGGCCAGGGAAACGGGAGGGGCCGAUCGAUCGGUGGCCCUUUCUCCGCCCYUUUCGCUCUCGCCGYCGCCGCUGCGGUCGCUCCCGGGGUUUCCCCUUCCAAAGGCCUUCCCGAACCACUCCACGGCGUACCAGGAGGACUUGGUGAGGACGUCCAUGUCCUUUUCGGUCCCGGCCCCGUCUCCCCCGUUGUUGUUGCUGCUGUUGUUGUCGUUGUUGUUGUUGCUGCUGCUGUUGUUGCGGAGGGCCGCGGGACCCUUGCGAGCCGCGGGCAGGGGACCGGGCGGCCGAAAGGCGAACGCCCUUCGGGAAGGGCCGGUGGCGAGGACCGCCAGCGCCGCCGCCACCGCGAGCCACCACCGGGCCGAAACCGACGUUUGCUUC